AUGAUCUGUGUUGGUGUCAUUCCUGGUCCACAAUGCCCCAACGAUAUCAAUUCAUUUCUUCAGCCCCUGAUCAACGAGCUCCGAGAGCUAGCACGUGGAGUGGCAGCUGUUGAUGUCAAUCAACGCAAGCUAUUUUUGCUACGUGCACAUCCUUUGACCAUAUUUGGCGAUAUCCCAGCGCUUACCAAAGUCUUGGAGUUUAUUGGGCACAAUGGUUGCUUCCCUUGCCGAUUUUGUCUUAUGCCAACUGUACCUGGUCCAACAUCAGGUGGUGGAUUCCACCGCUAUUGUCCCUUACACCAGCCCAAUGGAUUUCGAAUGGACCCAUUAAACCUCCCACUCCGUGAACAUGACGACACUAUCAAAACCGGUCUCAAAGUUCUCAAGGCAAAAAAUGAAGCGGAACGCAAACAACUAGCAACCAAAUCAGGUGUCAAGGGUGUCACACUCUUUGCUCGUGUACCCUCCAUCUCCAUCCCACGCUCCUUCCCUGUCGAUCUUAUGCAUAUGAUUUGGCAAAACCUUCUUCCGCAACUAAUUGACCUAUGGACUGGGGAUUUCAAUGAUUUGGAUGGCGGACUUGAAGAUUAUGAACUGAAGAAGGACGUCUGGGGCGCCCUCUGUGAAGCUUGUAUCCCAUCUCGGCAAACAAUGCCAACGUCCUUUGGCUGCGCUGUCCCUGAUCCCCGAAAACGCUCCUACUUCAUUGCUGAGACUUGGAAUGUUUUUACGACACAACUGGCUCCCUCGCUUCUACGCAAGAGGUUCUCUGAUCAACGUUAUUACCGGCAUUUUGUUCGCCUUGUCAAACUCCUUAGUCUUGUUGUCUCAUUCGAUCUACCGCGUGACAAGACUCCAGAAAUUCGACAAGGUUUCGCCGAAUGGGUAGAGGAGUAUGAACAGAUAUAUUACCAGUUUGAUGAGGAUAGGCUUCAGACUUGUCCCGUCAAUGUUCAUUAUCUCCUUCACAUUGCUGAUUCAAUCGAGUACAUGGGACCUAUAUGGUGUUACUGGGCUUAUCCCAUGGAGCAAUUCUGCAGCUUCAUCAUUAAUUCGGUCAAAAGUCGGCGGUAUCCAUAUGCUAACAUUGAUGAGCGUGUACUUAACCGAGCCCGCUUGCAAAUUAUUCUACGGAAACACCGACUCAUUGACAAAGAGCCAUUCACUAGGAGAAGGCGACCAGAGGAGUCUGAUGGCGCAACUCUUGUCCGAGGCUAUCCGCUUGUGUUUCUGUUAAGCCUGCACUCAAAGCACCUCCGUGUAGACCAACAGCUACGGCGGCAAAUCAUUCGUUAUCUCACAACUUGCUUCGAAAUACUUUCCUCUGAAGCCGAAGCAAUUAUUCCUGAAGAACUCGAGCAAUGGGGGCGAUUGCGAAUAGGGAACGGAGGGGAUGAAGUACAUGCCCGUGGUUUCCAUAAGUUGCGGCCCGAUGGAAGGGAUGCUGCUUUUGUCCGUUAUCAACUUAUGGUAGAUCAAGAUGCCAACAACAUCAAUGCAGCCCCUCGAUUUGAGGAAGAAAGCCAAUACGGCAAGCUUCAGCAUAUAUUUGUUCUUACCAUCCCCCCCAGUACUCGCAACAUUAACCCUCACCGAACAAAGAAGCGACACUUGCUUCUGGCACAACUUUACGAAGUGCCAGUUGAAAUAGACGAAACCGACGAAUACAAGGUCAUAUGGUACAAGGGGAAACUGGGCUCGGGCGAAGUUGUUGAUGUACAGACCAUACAGUGCUCAGUUGGGCGCAUAAAAGAUGGUAAUGUAUGGUGGAUAGUGGAUCGCAGUGCCGAUAAUACGUUUGCCUACCCCGAGUUUAUAGAUUAA